GCCACCCGAAGAUGCGCGCCCUGUAGGACAGUUCGGCGUUCAGAUUUUCGACAGCCGCACGGCAGCGCGCACGCAUCACGACGACGGUCGACGAGACCCGCUUGGACCACCGCCGCCGCCACCACGUCGUACCGCACAGACUUCAGCAAGCUGACUAAAUUUUUUGAUUGGACACAUAUCAAAUGGACAAUUUGCUUAAUAGUGUACAUUGAAUUAACAAGAUAAUACUAAAUGGUUAGAUCAAAAAAAAGAUCAUCGUCUAAUAAAUCAUUCAAGAACAUGCAUCCAUCGCAGUUCAAUAAUCCCAGAAGAAAUGGCAAUAAUUUAGGUGGGCAUACACCAGAUAUGAAUAUGCAAAACCAUAAUAUGAUGCCAAAUGCUAUGUCACAGAAUAUAGCGAACAUAAGUAAACAAGACCAUAACACUAUGCCAAAUCUUGUGACACAGAAUAUAGCAAAUUUUAAUAGACAAAAUCUUAAUAUGAUGGUAAAUGCUGUGUCACAGAAUACAACAAACAUGAAUAAACAAGACCAUAACAUGAUGCCAAAUCUUGUGGCACAAAGUUUAGCAAAUUUGAAUAGACAAAACCUUAGUAUCAUACUGAAUGGCAUGACACAGAAUACAGCAAACAUGAAUAAGCAAGACCAUGACAUGAUGCCAAAUCAUGUGACCCAGAGUAUAGCGAACAUGAAUAAACAAAACUUUAACAUGAUGCCAAAUCCUGUGACACAGAGUAUAGCAAAUUUCAAUAGGCAAACCCAUAAUAUGAUACCAAAUGCUGUGACACAAUUGCCACAAUGGCAUUCUCAAAUAACAAUGAGUGACAUAUUGAAUAACUAUGUUGAUGGUCCAAAUUCAAGUAACAGUCUCUUCACAUCUGGCCGUGAUUUGUCCCCACAAUCCAAUUUUCAUCCGACAUUUGACUGCAUUCAAAUCAACAACAGUAAUGGUACACAUUCUCUUAUAGAGCAAUCUAAUUUUCCUCUCAUUAAUGAACAAGAUUUAUCUGACAAUGGUCCAAGAGAUAAUACUGGUAGCCAAUAUUCUAACACUGUGCCCGUUGGGAGACCUUAUGGUAAACAUUCACUGUUCAAAAAAUAUGAUCAUUACUUUAGUUUCAAAGUGAUGAAAACUUCGAAUUCAGAUACAAGUGAAUUCAAAAUGCUGAAUAAAGAUUUUCCAGCAUUACCUGGUACUCAAGUGCAAAUGCAAGAUGAUGCAAAUACUCCGUCUACUAUGAUAGAUUCAAACCAGCAGUGGAGUAGUAAUACAAAUGUUGGAUCUAAAUUGUUCAAUAAGCUUAAUAUGGAUCAAUUUAUUGAUCAUAAUUCAUGCGGAAUCCAUUUAGAUACAGACUUUCAUAUGAAUGGUAGUACCGUACCAAAACCUGGAGUUCAAACAUCGCUUGAUGAUGGUAAAGUUACUAAUAUACCUAGCAGUAUGUUACGUGAUCAAUUUGGAAUUAUUGGUCAACUGAUUACUAUGAGAACUGCUGAAUAUGAUCCUAAAUUGGUAGCAUUGACUUUUGGACAAGAUUUGACAAGCCUUGGUAUGAAUUUGAAUUCCCCUGAAAACAUUUACCCAACAUUUGCAGGUCCAUUUGAAAAUUCUCCACUGGAACCGCAUAACAUUGAAUUUGAUGUACCUUCUGAAUAUAAGAUUCAUCACAAAAUCAAAAAUAAGUUAGCUCCAAUCAAGUUCUCCGAGUAUAAGGAAGAUUUAUUGUUCUAUCUAUUUUAUACUCAUUUUGGUGAUGGAAUACAGAUGGCUGUUGCUAGUGAAUUGCGUACACGAGGUUGGCGUUACCAUACAGGACAACAUGUAUGGAUAACUCCUGUGUCUAGAUCUAGUAUGUCUGAUAUGGAUGGUAAAUUUGAACGUGGCACAUUUUAUGUGUUUGAUGUGGCAUUGUGGCGCAAAGUACCAAGAGAAUUAAUGCUUGACCACACUUUGUUGGAUGGAUGUGUUGCAAACGAUUCUUUCAUAUGGCCUGAUACAUCAACAAGAUAAGUUUGGUCAUACUCAAUAAACAUAUUCAAUAUGUAAAAGUCAAUUAAUAAUUUUUUUUUUUAUCCCAUGACCUUGCACUAAACCCAUCCAAAAUAUAACAAUUUUUGUUUAUUUCAUGAUCUUUUAAAAAACAAAAUUCAUGUACUUUCUAAAAUAGAUUUUAUGUACCUCUUAUGACAAUUACCCAGAUAAAUAAUAACUGCCAUUCCAUAAUAACUACAUUUUUAUCAUAACAACACUAC